AUGUCCUCGGCGAACCGUGGCCUGUCUCCAUCGGCCGCUCGAGGGAAACGGGCCCGCGAGGAUGACGAUAAUAUGAUGUCUUCUCCGGGACUUCCACCGUCAAGUCCUGACCGUGUAGCCCCUGCAUCAUCCCCACCAAUGCUCCCGGCCGACGAUGACGAUGAUAAUCUGAUUGAUGACGAUGAAGAUCUCAUCGGCGACAUUGACGACAUGGAUGAGAUGGCCGAGGAUGAGGCGGGUAUCGAUCUGUUUGCGGACACCUUCGAGCGCGACUACCGCACCCGUCGAGACGACGAAGCGUACAAUGCCAAAGAUAUCGACGACCUGGGCGACUACGGCGAUAUGGACCUCGGCGCCCGUCGACAACUGGAAGCGCGUUUGAAUCGGCGCGACAGAGAGCUAGCCCGCUCCCGGAACAUCCCAGCCGGCUUCCUCGACCAUGAGGAAGGCGAUGCCAUAUUUGACCCGGCUCGGGGACCUAGAAGACGGCGCCACCGCUAUGACGAAGACGAAGAUGAUGUGGAUAUGGGCGAAGAUAUCAUGAAUGAAGAGCUGACCCUCGAGGCUCUUCAAGACGUAAAGGCUGCAAGCGUCACCGAUUGGGUGGCUCAACCUGCCGUACACCGCACGAUUGCCCGAGAGUUCAAGUCGUUCUUGACCGAAUACACCGACGAAACCGGGAGCUCAGUAUACGGCACCCGCAUUCGGACACUCGGUGAAGUCAACGCCGAGUCCCUGGAGGUCUCUUUCGACCACUUGGCGGAAUCCAAGGCGACUCUUGCAUAUUUCCUUGCCAACACCCCGGCUGAAAUCCUGAAGAUCUUCGAUCAGGUGGCCAUGGACGUCACGCUUCUGCAUUAUCCCGACUACGAGCGGAUUCACACGGAAAUUCACGUUCGAAUCACGGACUUGCCGGUGCGAUAUACCCUUCGUCAACUGCGUCAAACGCACCUAAACUGCCUAGUCCGUGUCAGCGGCGUGGUGACCCGUCGCAGUGGAGUGUUCCCACAGCUGAAAUACAUCAAGUUCGACUGUGUCAACUGCGGUGCGGUGUUAGGCCCCUUCCCGCAAGAAUCCAAUAUCGAAGUGAAGAUCUCCUUUUGUCAAUACUGCCAAAAGAGAGGGCCCUUCACUCUGAACUCGGAGAAGACCGUGUAUCGGAACUAUCAGAAACUGACUCUCCAGGAGUCUCCUGGGACUGUCCCGGCCGGUCGGCUGCCUCGACACCGCGAGAUCAUCCUCCUCUGGGACUUAAUUGAUAGUGCCAAACCUGGAGAGGAAAUCGAGGUCACCGGCACCUAUCGGAACAACUACGAUGCCUCGCUGAACAACAAAAACGGGUUCCCUGUCUUCGCAACGAUUUUGGAAGCCAAUCACGUCGUGAAGUCGCACGACCAGCUCGCAGGAUUCCGAUUGACGGAAGAAGAUGAGCGGCAAAUUCGCGCCUUGUCCAAAGACCCGAAUAUCAUCGACAAGCUCAUCAAUUCCAUUGCACCCAGCAUCUACGGGCACACGGACAUCAAGACCGCCGUGGCUCUCAGUCUGUUUGGUGGGGUCAGCAAGGAAGCCCAGGGAAAACAUAUCAUUCGAGGUGACAUCAACGUGCUUCUCUUGGGCGAUCCGGGGACCGCGAAGUCGCAGGUGCUGAAAUAUGUCGAGAAGACCGCACAUCGAGCCGUCUUCGCUACGGGCCAAGGAGCCUCCGCAGUGGGUUUGACGGCUUCGGUACGACGCGAUCCCCUGACCUCCGAAUGGACGCUCGAGGGUGGCGCCUUGGUUCUAGCGGACAAGGGCACCUGCCUGAUCGACGAGUUCGACAAGAUGAACGACCAAGAUCGGACCAGUAUCCACGAGGCGAUGGAGCAGCAGACCAUCUCCAUCAGCAAAGCUGGCAUCGUCACGACCCUGCAAGCGCGGUGCGCAAUCGUCGCUGCCGCCAAUCCAAUCGGAGGUCGCUACAACAGCACCAUUCCUUUCAGCCAGAACGUCGAGCUGACAGAGCCCAUCCUGAGUCGUUUCGAUAUCCUCUGCGUGGUGCGGGACACCGUCGAGCCCGAGGAGGACGAGCGACUGGCGAAUUUCGUGGUGAACAGCCAUGGACGCGCACAUGCCUCCAUGACGAACCCCGACGGCAUGGACGUGGAAUCCCCCCCCGCGCACACCGAAGGACAGAUACCGCAGGAACUGUUGCGGAAAUACAUCCUCUACGCCCGGGAAAGGUGCCGGCCGAAGUUGUACCAGAUCGACCGGGACAAGAUCGCCCGACUGUUCGCUGACAUGCGACGCGAGUCCCUGGCGACAGGAGCAUAUCCCAUCACCAUCCGGCAUUUGGAAGCGAUCAUGCGAACCUGCGAAGCGUUCUGCAAGAUGCGGCUGUCGGAGUACUGCAACUCGCACGACAUGGACCGCGCCAUCGCCGUCGCCGUCGACAGCUUCGUCAACUCGCAGAAAGUCAGCUGCAAGCGCGCGUUGGCGCGGGCGUUUGCGAAGUAUACCUUAAAACCCAACUCGCAACACCAGCCCCAGCGGUCCGGUGUCACGGCUAGUGCAUAAUCGCGGAAAGAUGAUGUGAACAUAUGGGGAACUACCUUUUCAGGCGCGGCGAAGCCUUGGGUAUAUUGUGCUAUGAACGUUACCACGAUGCUGGCGUUAUGGUUGCAAUUCGGUGUCAGGCGGGUUGAAUGUAGGAUCGCCCAGUGAUGUCAGGAAGGUUACUUCAGAAUUCAUAUAAUCAACAGGCGAUGAAAGGUAGACGUCCUUUGCCGCAAGCAAGCCAAACAUCUGAUUUUGCUGCGCGCGUCCUAGUGUUACCAAGUGUGAUGAUACGCCGAGGAUCCGACGAUGCUCCUGGAUACGCUGCAACCUCUCCAAUGGGAAUAUAUACGGGAGCCCAAGCUCCAUCUCCUCCGCGUGACUGAUUUUGACGUCCCCCGCCCCAACGGAAUUGGCCCAUGCUCUGAAAUUCAACCCCAGUACGGCCGAAAGCCCGAAAAUCCC